CACUCAACCAUCUACAGCAUCGGCAUCAUGCUGUGGCAAACAAUGACGCGGCGGUACCCAGACCCGCCCCAGCUCUUCGUCCCCGACCCCGCCAAUAACAUCGUCGCCUGGCAGGACUACCACGCGCGCUUUAGCCCGGCCGAGCAGCGCAAUUUCCGCUCCGCGACGUGGGACCCCGAAAGCAGUUUAAGACCGCAUUAUAGUGCGCGCUUGGUUGAGACGGUGUACUGGUGCAUGCAUCCGCAGGUUGGGGGACGCCCGUCUACGAGAGAACUGCUCAGGGAGUGCGAGGCUGCGUGUAAGGUGAUUGAUGAUGAGACCCCGGCGACGGGGCCGAGGCCGAGAGAUGUUGUCGUUACGCCGGAUAAGUAUCCGUAUGCGCGCCUCGUGCUGAAUGAUCAGUAUCGGUAGUGUGGGUGCUGGUUGGUGCGAUCUGGGCCCGCUCUCGUGUUGCUGUCUUGCUACUACAUAGGUGGUGGUGCGAGCACUUGCAGCGAAUACGGCGGAUACGUGGUGCGGAGGGGGCGCGAGUGCGUGGCGCUGUGGCGGCUCCUUUGGGCGGCGCCGCGCCGUGCUAUCGCGGCUCUAGCGGGCGCCGGCGGGGGUGCGCUGCGCGAGCCUCGUAUAUUAGCUUUGGUGGGGUGGGGUUUGCUAUGUGUUCGUAUCUAAAGAGUCUAGAGAGGGGGUGGUGCCGUUUGUUGUCGUUGAUGGCUUGGUAUGGUCAGAUUGGGAAGGUUUGGUUGGGUUGCCCACGCA